CCUGGGCUAUAAAAGCCUCUGGGGACCUGAGCCAGUCAACACAACAUCUUCCAGAAAGUUGCAAGGAUGAAGGUUCUGUCCCUUGCUCUCCUCUUCCUGUUCGUUGCAGUGAAUGAAGCCAGAGUCUUUGGGAAAUGCGAACUGGCCAGGAUCUUCAAACAGCACGGACUGGAUGGGUAUGCAGGAUACAGCCUGGGCAACUGGGUCUGCCUGGCUUACUAUGAAAGCAGCUACAACAGCCGGACUGUUGGGCCACGAAACAGCGAUGGCAGCCGUGACUACGGGAUUUUCCAGAUAAACAGCCGCUGGUGGUGUUCCAAUGGCGAGGGCAAAACAUCAAACGGCUGCCAUACCUCCUGCAGCAGUUUCACAAAUGAUGACAUCACUGAUGAUAUUAACUGUGCCAAGACAAUUGUCCGAGACCCCAACAAGAUGGGAGCCUGGGUUGCCUGGAAGAACCGCUGCAGAGGAACGGACCUCUCCAAAUGGACCUCUGGCUGUGGACUCUGAGUUUUAUGUUCUGAAUAAAGAUCUUUGUCAUUGCAA